UGAAAAGUUUAUGUUACAAUGCAGAAACAUAUUCGCAAUAUAGUGACGACAAAAUAAAUGAUGAAUACGCGGCUUAUGAAUAUGAACGCAUGUGCAACAGCUACCUGUCUACGAAGCACCAAGUCCGAAGAGAUAAAAACCUCGGGGCUACUUAGAGCUACCGAUGGAUCUUUCUCCGUGUUUGUACCUGUUUCUUAUUUUUAUUUCAACAGUCGAGUUGGCCUAAAUCUUCCAUCGAAAAGUUCAUUUUAUCGCUUUAUAAUCUGGCGAAAUAUUAAUAAAUACAAAAAAUGCAUUUCACAAUCAUAUGAUAGAAACAUUAGUUCAAACUAAGAAACUUGGAUUAUCAUCGUACAAUAGUUUUACAAUAAGGGUGCCACCGAAGAGAAACGUUUAACCUAAGCUAUGUUCCAAGUCCAAUUUAAUUCUAAGAUUCAUCUAAGGUUAGGAUUUGUAUGUACUCCAAAGGAUUAUUUUUCAUUCUUUAGUGAUUUGGUCGGUUUUUAGUAUCAACACGCUUUUGAUAAUACUUUUAAGUUUACAUUUAAGAAAAUCUACAUUAUAAGACAUUAUGCAAUAUAAUAUAUCAGACAUAAGCCAGUAAUGUCUGUCCCUUCUUCAUCGUCUAAUAAGAUAAGUGACAGUAAAUCAGGUGGUACUAGUCCAAGUCCUGCAGAAGGUAUUGAAGGUGUACCAGGGCCUAGUUCCUUAGAACCUAUGCAUUUUGUUUUACCACAAGAUGGAGAGUCCGAGGAUUAUGGUGAAGAUGGUGAAGAAGAAGAGGAUGAUACCAGUGAAGAAGAUAGUGAAAUCAGUGACACUGGGAUAUUUUGUGACACGGAAUGUGAACCUGAUCUUGAAAGUACUAAUUGUUCAUUGUCUGCAUCACAAACACAGUCACUUACACAACGGGUACAGAGUGCUAUUUUACAUACCUGUGUGCCACUCGAUGUUGUUCAACCUCAAAGGAAGCGUAAAAGUGAAACAGAAUCUAGUUUACCUUGUAAAAAACUUAAUCCAGAAGAUAAGUCACAUUCUAUGAUUAUUAAAAAAGUAGACGACAAAAGUAAACAUACGAGGUGUGUCAUUCCAACAAAAGAUAACCCUCCACCUGAAAUGAGCGAUUGGCUUCUCCAAUUUCAGAGGUGGUCAAAUGCAGAGAGAAUGUUAGCUAUAGAUGAAUUAAUUGAAAGGUGUGAACCAACACAAGUGCGACAUAUGAUGCAGGUGAUAGAGCCUCAGUUCCAGAGAGAUUUCAUAUCAUUAUUGCCAAAGGAGUUGGCCUUGUCGGUAUUAGCUUUCUUAGAGCCAAGGGAUCUUUUACGUGCUGCGCAGACGUGUCGUAAUUGGCGAUUCCUUGCUGACGAUAAUUUACUGUGGAAAGAAAAGUGCAGAGCCGCUGGUAUAGGAGAUUUAAAAGACUUGCCUCCAGUAAAACGUAAAAACUGUAGAAAUUCCGGUAAUACGUCAUCCCCAUGGAAGCAGGCAUAUAUGAGGCAGCACAAUAUUAAAAUGAAUUGGAGGACAAAACCAAUUCGUACGCCAAAAGUUUUAAAAGGCCACGACGAUCAUGUUAUUACGUGUCUUCAGUUUUCGGGUAAUCGCAUAGUAAGCGGUUCUGAUGACAAUACUCUAAAAGUGUGGUCUGCUGUUACCGGCAAGUGCCUAAGGACAUUAGUUGGACACACGGGCGGUGUGUGGUCCUCUCAAAUGUCCGGUACUACUGUAAUCAGUGGUAGUACGGAUCGUACGUUAAAAGUAUGGAAUGCUGAAACUGGCCAAUGCAUUCACACUUUAUAUGGACAUACGUCAACCGUGAGAUGUAUGCACUUGCACGGUAAUAAAGUAGUCAGUGGUAGUAGAGAUGCUACAUUAAGGGUGUGGCAAGUGGAUACUGGUGAAUGUUUACAUGUGCUCGUGGGCCAUUUGGCAGCUGUUAGAUGCGUGCAAUACGACGGAAAGUUAGUAGUGAGUGGAGCUUAUGAUUAUGUGGUUAAAGUUUGGAAUCCAGAACGCGAGGAGUGCCUUCAUACUCUACAAGGACAUACAAACCGUGUCUAUUCCCUUCAAUUUGAUGGUGUACACGUUGUUAGUGGUUCUUUGGAUACAAGCAUAAGAGUAUGGGAAGUUGAAACCGGUGCAUGUAGACAUACUUUGAUGGGACAUCAAUCCCUCACAUCAGGAAUGGAAUUACGUAAUAAUAUUUUAGUGUCUGGAAACGCAGAUUCGACGGUUAAAGUUUGGGAUAUCGUUAGUGGUCACUGCCUUCAAACUCUUUCUGGUCCAAAUAAGCAUCAGUCUGCAGUUACUUGCCUUCAGUUUAACAGUCACUUUGUAAUUACUUCAUCCGACGAUGGCACGGUUAAACUUUGGGACGUUAAAACUGGGGAUUUUAUAAGGAAUUUGGUUGCGUUGGAAAGCGGCGGAAGUGGUGGUGUUGUGUGGAGAAUACGUGCAAGUGAUACAAAACUGGUGUGUGCAGUGGGUAGCCGUAACGGCACAGAGGAGACCAAACUACUUGUUCUCGACUUUGACGUAGAGGUAAAAUAGUGCACUUUUUUGCAGAUGAAACUGCUCUCCUCUGUGACUUCUGUACAUACUCUGAUUAGGUAGCGCAAACAAUCUCUUGUACAAUGAUUCAUGUAUUACGUGGCGUGAUUGUGAUAAGAAUGUAUGUCGAUAACUCGAAGGGAGAUCGUGAAAAGUCAGACGUGAUUCUGUAGUUGCUACAAAUGAUCUCCAAAGUGGUAGAAUGUUCAAACCGAAGGCAUUAAUUAUAUUAAUUAUGGAGUGUAUUAACACUGGGUUUACGGAACGCGUCACCUUGACGCGCAUUGAAUUUUAUAAAUUGAAUUUUAUAUUUUAUUGUUUGUUAAACGUUUACGUCGAUUUUUAUUGAUGCAAUUGAACGAAUAUGUAUCCUGAUUAUCUAUUUUUAAAUCGCUAUUUUCCGAGAUCUAAAUAAACGAACAUCUAUUGUUCUAGGAACAAUAGAAUAAACUGCACAAUAAAUGUCUGUAAACCUAGUGUUAAUCAUGGUGUACAAAUAUGAAAUUUCAAAGACUCAACAAAUUAUGAAGAACGAGGAGCUUAUCAGUGUACUAUUGUAUUAUUGCUGUUAUGAAAUCUAAAGGAAAUCGCUAGCAAUUUAAAUAAAAUCAGCCCACGUUAUAAAUAUUAUGAUUACAUAACGAUUUGUAUGGGCAUUUAGGAAAGUAUUUUUAACACUACAGAAAGAAAGAUUUCUUACCAUAUUUGUCAAGCUUAUAGAUGAAAAUAUCGCAUAAAGAAUCUCAAAUUCUUGAAAAAUAAAGGUCAAGUUCAAAUAAAAGAUAAAGCAAGACAGAAAAAAGUAAGGAAUAUGGAAUGAAAUAGUAAAUUUGAGUAAAUCAUGAAAGUGAAAUAAAAUGACUAAGCGAAGGUUCUUUUUUCUUUUUAUAUAAGAAUUUUUUAAAAUCUGUUAUACAUAAUUAGGCUUAUUUAAAUUCUUUAUUAAUAUUGAUCAUUGAUGAUAAUUAUGCAUAAUUUAUUGAAAAACGUAAAUAUUAUCUAAUAGCUUUGUAAUGAAAUGUACACACUGCUUUUUAUUUCAUUUGAUUUGUUUUGUUUCAUAGACAUCAGAGUUUGGUAUCUUUAUCGUCUGGAAUGUCUAUAGGCAAAAUUCAUAUGAUACCGUAAAAUUGUAACAUGUAUCGAAUUUUUCAAUUUAAAAAUGCAUCUGUGAAAAUCACAGCGAUUUCUAAUAUUUUAUCGAUAUUAACGUUAUCUUGCAUUAUUAUCUGUAACAUUUUCUUAUUUUAAUCAUUGAUCGGAGCAUUAGAACGUGUUACAUACCUACCUACAAGGAAUUUGUGCUAUAACAUUAUCCUCAUAUAAGGAACAAAAUCCGACAAUGCCUCUGUCUUUUCCAAAUUUGCAAACUUUACCAUGAUCGGUUACCAAUUUACGCAUAUCUACAUGUAUCAGGAUUGUCAUACCUUUUUACAAUUAUCUUACUGCUGCUCGUGUAUAAUUGUAGAAAAAUAUUUAUAAAUUUUAAUCUAUAAAUUCAAAUACUUUUAUGAAUAUUGAUCACUUCAGGCCAUACAUAUUGCACUUUAUUUUACUUUUAUAUUUUUCAUAAAUAUUAUGCAUAGUAUUUGCCUAAUAUAAAUAUAAUAGCAUAAAUAUUUACCACAACUAAUGGAUAUAGUUUAUUUAUAUUGUCCUUGUACAUGUAGAUAGUGUUUUCAUAAUUUUUAUGAAAAGGUAAUCGUAUCUGUUGAUAAAAGGUUAUACCACCAUAUGCAAUUAUUUGUCCAAAAUAUUCGUAAAAUAUGUAACAAUUUUCUGCACGUACAGCAUUAAAAAAGAUCAUUUCUAACAAGAAUUAAUUCAUGAUAAUGAUUUAAUUGGACUAUCAGAAAAUCAAUAUCAAAAUAAAAUGUAUUAAUUUGGACAUUAAUAAUGAGAGUCUGAUUUUGAUAUGGGACAAUAAUAAGAAUUGCAGAAUUCUCUGUGCAAUAUGCAUGAAUCAUUAAAUAAAAUAUAAUCAGUUGUUACACAAGAACAAGUACAAAUAAUAAAAUUUUUCAAAGUAUCAUAAUUUUCUGCAUAGGAAUUUUUCUUACAAUAAGAUUGUACCAUUAUGAAAAUUUUAUUUUGUUCAAUAGUAUAUCAGGAAAUAUACAUACAUGUACUAUCUAUAUUCUAAGACAUGAUUCAUGUAAAUGCAAUUUUUAUUAUUGUGCCUAGAAUAUUCAAAGAAUCGUGUUUUAUUUGUAUAUUGCUCAAUAGUUUAUACUUGUAAU